CCGGGCCGGCGGCGGCGAGGGGGGUGAAGAUGGCGGACGUGCUCAGCGUCCUGCGACAGUACAACAUCCAGAAGAAGGAGAUCGUGGUGAAGGGAGACGAAGUGAUCUUCGGGGAAUUCUCCUGGCCCAAGAAUGUGAAGACCAACUAUGUAGUUUGGGGAACUGGAAAGGAAGGCCAGCCCAGAGAGUACUACACUUUGGAUUCUAUCUUAUUUCUACUUAAUAAUGUGCACCUUUCUCAUCCUGUUUACGUUCGACGUGCAGCUACUGAAAAUAUUCCUGUGGUUAGAAGACCUGACCGAAAAGAUCUACUUGGAUAUCUCAAUGGUGAAGCAUCAACAUCGGCCAGUAUAGACAGAAGUGCUCCUCUAGAAAUAGGUCUUCAGCGAUCUACUCAGGUCAAACGAGCAGCAGAUGAAGUUUUGGCAGAAGCCAAAAAACCACGAAUUGAGGAUGAAGAGUGCGUGCGCCUUGAUAAAGAGAGACUGGCUGCUCGUUUGGAGGGUCACAAGGAAGGGAUUGUGCAGACGGAACAAAUCAGGUCUUUGUCUGAAGCUAUGUCAGUGGAAAAAAUUGCUGCAAUCAAAGCCAAAAUUAUGGCUAAGAAAAGAUCUACUAUCAAGACUGAUCUGGAUGAUGACAUAACUGCUCUCAAACAGAGGAGUUUUGUGGAUGCUGAAGUAGAUGUGACCCGAGAUAUCGUCAGCAGAGAGAGAGUGUGGAGAACACGAACAACUAUCUUACAGAGCACGGGAAAGAAUUUUUCCAAGAAUAUUUUUGCAAUUCUUCAGUCUGUGAAAGCCAGAGAAGAAGGGCGUGCACCUGAGCAGCGACCAGCCCCAAAUGCAGCACCUGUGGAUCCCACAUUGCGUACCAAGCAACCCAUCCCCGCCGCCUACAACAGAUAUGACCAGGAAAGAUUCAAAGGAAAAGAAGAAACGGAAGGCUUCAAGAUUGACACUAUGGGCACCUACCACGGCAUGACACUGAAGUCUGUAACGGAGGGUGCAUCUGCUCGUAAAACUCAGACUCCUGCAGCACAGCCGGUACCCAGACCAGUUUCUCAAGCAAGACCUCCCCCAAAUCAGAAGAAAGGUUCUCGAACACCUAUUAUUAUAAUUCCUGCAGCAACCACUUCUUUAAUCACCAUGCUUAAUGCAAAAGACCUUCUGCAGGACCUGAAAUUUGUUCCAUCCGACGAAAAGAAGAAACAAGGGUGUCAGCGAGAAAAUGAAACUCUCAUACAGAGGAGAAAAGACCAGAUGCAGCCAGGGGGCACAGCGAUUAGUGUCACCGUCCCUUACAGAGUUGUGGACCAGCCCCUUAAGCUUAUGCCUCAAGACUGGGACCGUGUUGUCGCAGUUUUUGUGCAAGGCCCUGCAUGGCAGUUCAAAGGGUGGCCUUGGCUUUUGCCUGAUGGAUCACCAGUUGAUAUAUUUGCUAAAAUUAAAGCCUUUCAUCUGAAGUAUGAUGAAGUUCGUCUAGAUCCAAAUGUUCAGAAAUGGGACGUAACAGUAUUAGAACUCAGCUAUCACAAACGUCAUUUGGAUAGACCAGUUUUCUUACGGUUCUGGGAAACACUGGACAGGUACAUGGUAAAACAUAAAUCCCACUUGAGAUUCUGAGUUAUUUGGUUCCCCCAUUUCUGGAAAUCUGGAUUAAGAAGCAUGGAUGUACUUUGAUCUAAAGACUGAGACUUAAGCUUUAUGAAUUUAUCAAGAACUUGCAAGUGAAGAAGGUCACAGACUGAUCUUUUAUAAGACCUUAUUUGAUGCUUUGUGCUUCAAGGGGAUGAUGCCUGUCAUCCGUAUAAGCAAACUUUUUGGCUUACAACUAUUUUUUUAAUACUAGCCUUCUAGUCUGUAAUGGAAAUUGUAUAUUUUGAUAGAAGUUUUUCCCCCAUUGGUUAAAUUAGCAUUGCUUAAAAUUUGUUUCUUUAGAAAAUAAAUACAGGUUAUUAAUGUGUGUAUAUUUAGAGGAUAUAAGGCUCUCUAAGCCAUCUUCUGAUUUUUCAUUGCUCUUAAUUCCUUUUACUGAAAAUAUUGUGUUAUGAAUGGUAUUAAAUUUUAGUCUCUGAAACAUCCAAAACCAAGCAAAGGGAUGUGAGUAUUCUGAAUGAAUCAAAUUGUCAACCUAUAUAUAAACUAUAUCUACACUUACUCUUUAUUUGAAAAGGAAUAAUGAAAAAUCAAGAACAAUUCUUCAGCUUUGGUUGAACUGUUCAGCCUUUUCAAGACUUCUUUACUUAUAAAUGAAUACAUUUAAUGAAUGUACAAUUCUUCUCAUUGACUUUGUUGGUUUUAAAACUUAGUAUGACAUAUUUCUAUCUAUGUUAUCCAUUUGAAAAAUCCCAAACACAGAUUAAGAACAUAGCAGGCCGUAGUACUUUUUAUAUGGGGAGCCAGAGUGUGAUUUGGGGGAAGGACUAUGUAUCAACUGUACUUCAGUGUAACUGUAGCUUCCUUAUCUGUUCUUCUCACUCUACCUUUGAUUCUUACUUUAUAUGGUAGAGGACUUUUGAGUCUUCUGUUUCCAGGCUUGUUGAUCUUGAAGUUCUUAUCUUCCAUUAUCCCUAAAUAUUGAUAAACUUCCAGGCACCAAAGAACACAGUUGCUUAAUUAAGUGUCUGAACAGAAACAAGAUAAAAACACUGGUAUUUUUAUGUGUAUAUUCAAUAUGGUAUAAAAUAUAAAAACUAUAUUUUAACUUGGUAAAAUAUUUUACUAUUUCUGUACUCUAGACAGAGUGUUACAUCCAACGUACAUCGAAUGAACAUUUUCCUGAGUCUUGAUGACACUUUUUACUACUUAAAAGAACUGGGAACUUUACUUCCUCCCCAACUUUGUUUUUGCCAUUCAGAUUGUUGCUGGUCUGCUGGUCAUUCAGUCUUGUGUCUUUUUUUUUUUUCCUUUUCCAUUUUCCCACUAGUGAUUCGUAGAUUAACGUAUGUAUUCUUGCUAAACAUUUAGCUCUUUUUCCUGUGGUAAGCUGACAUUACCUAGCCUCUUUUUGAAAUUUAAAGCUGUCAUAAAAAUGAGAAGCAAUUAUUAUUUAUUUUUUAAGUACCCACAAAAGUUCCUACCAAUAGUUAUUAUAAAAGAUAUUUAUUUAGAUGAAAUUCACAAGGCUUUUCAGAAAAUGAGCAGUCAGCAUUUUAAAUGAAUAGAUUUGAGUAUGUCUGUAAGCUUUGAACAGCUUUGCUCACAUUUUGUUUCCUUCUCUUCUGCAUCCCUCUUCUUGAAGACAAAAGAAAACUCAAAUUGGUUCACAUAAGGCUUCUCAGCAUAUAAAUCUGUUUUCAAAGUAAAUUAUGUAUUGUGUAAGCUUUUGCCAUGGUGAAAUACUCAAGGACUAGAAUCUAAUAUUUUACUGUUAGAGUGUUUAUUAGGACUAGAAGUGGACAAGAACUACCUUUCCGUAAAGAUUUUUGGUAUUUAUAUAUGAAAUUUACUUAAUAUAGUCUGGUUAAAAUUGGGGACAUUUUACGUUGAAUAGGAUUUAUUUUUCUAUUUUGAAUUGGCCUUGUGUAUAUUCAGAGGCUUCUGGAAAUACUGUAUGGAACAUUUGGGAAAAUAUACAAAUAUAUGCCAUAACAUGUAUUUUUAAAUAAGACCCUUAGUAUGUACUUGGAUUUUAAAUUUUUGUCUGUUUUUGUUUUGUUUUACAUUCAUUCCUUAUUUAGGUCCAUGUAUUUAAUUUUAUAACCAUUAAUUCUAAAAACUAACCCCCCCCAUUCAGUAACUGAAUGAAGAGUUCACUUACUCUUCAUUCUCCCGUGACUCAGUCCUACAGCAGCACCUACACAGUGCCUUGCACAUAGUAGGCAUUCAGUGACUGUAUAUGCAUAGCACAUGAUGUAUUUUCAGUGUAGCAGGUUUAUUACAAAAGUGGUUUGACUAUACUUGGUCUUGGAGUUUGAGAAUACAGAUUUACAGGGAGUGCAGAGCUGUAAGUAAAUAAUGGAAAUGAAGUGCACACUAGUAACUCGACUUGUCUCUGGGUUUCCAUUGACUGGAGGCGCCUUUGUCUGCUCUACCUUGUGAAGAAAGCUCUAUUUUCUUAUUCAUAGGACAUCUCUCUAGAUCAGGUAGCAGUAAGAAGCAUGUAGGUUUCAAUUGGUAGCUCUCAAACUUGACUACACAUUAGAAUCAUUUGGGAAGUUUUAUAAAGUACCCAUGCCUGAGUCCUUAUUCUUUUUUAGAUUGAUUUUUUGCUAUAGGGCCCAUGUGCUCCCUAGAGAAAAAGAGACAGACAGAGAGACAGAAAAUAAGAACUCACUCAAAAGGGGAUAGCCACGCCACAGUCUCUUCUCCUCCAUUCUCUCUGGAUCGUGAGCACGCAUGCAAACCCACCUGAUGUCAGUUUCAAGCCACCAGAUCUGGGACUCAAACUGCAGUAGACCAUGUGGGAGUCCAGUAACGUAACCAUUAAACCAUCUGCUGGUCCCCUGAGACCUUUUUCUGACUGGGAUCUAAUUUGUCUGGGAUGAGACCUGGUCAUCAGUAUUUUAGCAUAGUUUUCCAGGUAAUUUUAAUGUGCAGAAAGGAUUGAGAACACUGGUUUAAUGUGUUAUUGAAAACAAUAGCAGUAUUAAAUGUUCUCCUCUUCCACCUCCUCUUUUGUGAUUUUCCAUUUGUGUGUGUGGCCACCCUUUGCACUAGACCAUCCCAUUAUUGGUGAUAUUGGCCUAAAUUCCCAUAGGAAGACUUCAAAUCUUUAAGUAUUUAUUUAAUAUAGAAGGAAUAUUUUGCUGUUUAAUAUUUAAACAAUAUUUAAUAUAUUUCAUUAUUAACUAGUAUUAUAGUUUAUGGUUGUUCCCCCCGUGUCUGUAUUCUUUACUAACUUUUUAAUUUUAGCAGCAGCACAAGAACAAUUCAUACAGAAAUAACUAACUCAGUGAGGAAAAUCUUGAUUAAUUUUUAAGUUAGGAAGAAGUAUUUCUUAUCUACCAUGCAGAGUGAGACAGAUAAUUUGCUUAUGAAAGGAAUGAGGGAUACUUUUAAAUUAGUCU